UCCACUUGGAGCUACUUCUUUUCUCUCUCUGUCUCUCUCUCAAUCUCUCACCCACAAACCUCUGUCUCGAAAGCCCACAACAGAACGCAUCUUACCUGCACACACACUCUCUCUCUCUCUCUCCCUCUCUCUCCUCCCCCAUUCCGUCUACCUAACAAAACCUGCUCCAUUCAAUUUCAUCUGCAACCAACCAUGAAAGUCCUCCUCAUUCUCUUCUUCUUCCUGAUACAAACCCAACUCUCCUUUCCUUCCCCCCACACUUCACAACUCCUAGUUCUACCCCUCAAAUCCCAACUAAUCCCAUCUGGGUCCCUCUCGAAAUCUCCGAACAAGCUCCCGUUUCAGCACAACGUCACCCUCACGGUCUCCCUCUCAGUGGGCUCGCCCCCACAGAACGUCACCAUGGUCCUCGACACAGGCAGCGAGCUCUCCUGGCUCCACUGCAACGGCACGACCCGGAUUUCCCAACCCGUUUUUUACCCGAACCGAUCAUCCUCCUACUCGCCCGUCGAAUGUUCCUCGCCCAUUUGCACGACCCGGACCCGGGACUUCUCCGUGCCCGCUUCGUGCGACUCCAACAACCUCUGCCACGCCGCCCUAUCGUACGCCGACGCGUCGUCGUCGGAAGGGAACCUCGCCACCGACACAUUUAAUAUCGGAGGGUCCGAAAUGAAUGGUACCAUAUUCGGGUGUAUGGAUUCGGGCUUCAGUAGUAACUCCAAUGAGGAUGCCAAGACUACCGGGUUGAUGGGCAUGAACCGUGGGUCACUUUCUUUCAUUUCUCAAAUGAGCUUUCCUAAAUUUUCAUAUUGCAUUUCCGGUUACGACUUAACGGGUCUGUUAUUGUUCGGUGACUCGAAUUUCACGUGGCUAGCACCGUUAAAUUACACGCCGUUGAUCCAAAUCUCAACCCCGUUGCCCUAUUUUGACCGGGUCGCUUACACGGUUGAGCUCCAGGGGAUCCGGGUCGGGGAUAGAUUACUCCCAUUGCCGAAAUCGGUAUUUGAGCCGGAUCACACCGGGGCGGGUCAAACCAUGGUUGACUCUGGUACCCAAUUCACCUUCCUUCUUGGACCGGCUUACAAUGCUUUGAGGAACGAAUUCUUGAACCGAACCACCGGGGUUUUACGGGUCUUGGAGGAUCCGAAUUUUGUAUUUCAAGGGGCAAUGGAUCUUUGCUAUCGGGUCCCACUGAAUCAAACAGUGUUGCCGGUGUUACCAACGGUUAGUUUGGUGUUUCGGGGCGCGGAAAUGACGGUUUCGGGUGCCCAGUUGUUGUACCGGGUUUCGGGCGAAAUUAGGGGAAAUGAUUCAGUGUAUUGUUUCACGUUUGGGAGUUCCGAUUUAUUGGGGAUCGAGGCGUACGUGAUUGGGCAUCAUCAUCAACAAAACGUGUGGAUGGAAUUUGAUCUUGAGAAAUCUAGGAUUGGAUUAGCUCAGGUGCGGUGUGACUUGGCUGGGGAAAGAAUAGGUGUGUAUCACUAGUUUCGGACAGUGUUCUAAAAAUUGGAAUUAACCGGCGGUUAAUCGCUGACGGAGUCUAUCCGACUAGAUCCGACUAAUUGUUAUGCGCCGAUUAAUCGCCGAUUACUAAUUGCUAUGGGCCGAUUAGCCGCCGAUUACUGAGCCUCCAAGCUCGAAGAUGGCUGACCGCCUGACUAGCGCCUAGCGACUUUUAGAACAUUGAUUUCGGAAUGAUGCACGUUCAUUAUACAUCGUCGAUUUCACCAUGAUGCCAUUGAUCAAUUAGUGCUCGGCCGAUGGUGGUGAUGUUCGAUCGGACGGAAGUGAUAGUAGGGAGUGAGAUGGGGAGGUGGAAUGUUGCUUGCACCUUGUACGUGUACGAUUCUAUUCUCAUUCAUUCAUUGAAAUAUGGUGGUGACAACAUUUGCGGUUGUCGCCAAUAGUUUUGGUAAGUAUGAGUGUAUUAAUAUUGGGAAAAUAACGGCCAAGAACGUGUUUUGAUAAUUAAUACCCGUCAAGGACAAGCUAAGAAUAUUUGUUAAUGUUGAAAAUGUCAAUGACAGGUAUUAAUUAUCAAAGCACGUCAUUAACCGUCAUUUUUCCAUUAAUAUUCAAAUAAAUUUUUUUUUUUUUUUUGAC